AUGAAGCAAGCCGUGGAGAGAGCUGCGCACUGUUGUCGUCGCAAGUGCGGUAUUGGCGAACGGAAGAGUAAAAAGCUUUGGCUAGACUGCGAGGCCCAAGACCUUGUCUGGCAGGUCAUUGACGAUGCUCCCGAGCCGCCUCACACCACCGUCCCCGUUGGUGCUACCCCGACCAUCGUUCCUUACGAUGCCAACGCUGCUGCCGCCAGUGUCGUCGCCGAGGUCAAGGCCAGCCCGCUUCCUCAGGAGACUGCGCCUGUCAAGUCGGAGAAGAAGCGUCUCGUUGAGCGCUCCGCUUGCGAGAUUCAGCCCGUCGGAUACGGCCCCGUCUCGAACCCCGACACUUCGGCCGCUUUCCUGAGCGACACAGAUCUCUCGUCGGCUGCCAACAAUGCUGCCACUCCCUCUGGUUACUUCAACACCUUCAAGAACCUGCAGGGAUCUAGCAGCGCCUAUGGCUACAUGGGUUACACUACCCUCACUAGCUACGACACUCAGGCUUGCGCUUCCAAGUGCGAUGCCAUCAACGGCUGUGUUGCUUUCAACAUCUACUUCGAGCGUGAUCCCUCUGUUGAACCCGCCGAUGCCUGCCCCAACCCGGCUAGCACCAAUGUCAUCAAGUGUGUCUUCUGGGGUGGUCCCGUCUACGAGAACACCGCGACCAACCGCGGCCAAUGGCGCAACCAGUUCGAGGUUGUGAUUGCCGGAUCCAACGGCUACGUUGCCCAGCGUGCCGAUGACCAGGCCGGUUACAGCUCCGCCGUCUACUUGGGAGAUAACUCCAUCAACGCUCCCCUCGACUGCGCUGGAUACGACACUUUCCUGGGUUCCAAGAUCUUCACCGACGGCCCCUUCGAUCCUAAGCUCUGCGCUGCUGCUUGUACCGCUCAGUCCGAGUACAACGUUGCUCACCCUCCCGCGAACGCCCCUGCUCAGACUUGCCAGUUCUUCAACACCUUCUUCGUCUUGAAGAAUGGAGUUCCCGAGGGACAGUACUGCUCCUUGUACUCCAAGUCCUGGGACAACAGCUAUGCCGUCAACAACGGCCAAUGGCGCGGCAGUGACCACUACACUAUCUCUUACAGCUUCUCCUACACCAACGCCACGGAUGCCGGCAAGCCCAGAAUCCCCUGCGCCGUCGCCAGUGCCAGCUCUGCCAUUGUCACCUCCAGCCUUCAGCCUUACUGCUCUUCUCUCCUCGGCUACACGACCCCGGUCACCACCGCCACAGAGACUGACUUCACUACCAUCCCUGCCACCACGGUCGUCUCGACUGUCACUCCCUUGACCACUUCUUACAGCACCACCACCCAGCUGGUUGCCGUCACCAAGCAUCUCAAGCGUGACCUGCCUCCCCGUCCCACCACUACUUGCCUCCACGAUGAUCCCACUCCCCUCGACCACUCCAUCAAGGUCAGACGUGGUCUCUGGGCCCGCGAUGAGCCUCUCGUCAACGGUACCAAGGAUGAUGACGGAAACUUCGUCGAUGUUGUUGCCCUUCCCGAUGUCACUCCUUCCAACACCACCACUCUUAGAAAGGCUCGCCGCGAUGGUACCCCCGCUGGUCUUUCCGGAUUCUCUGCCGAUGUCGUCUCUUCUGCUUGCUCUCUGCUCGCCACCCCCUACGCCCUGUCCGACGAUGCCACCCACAUGACCGACAACUGGUACAAGCAGGGCAGCCGUGAGACUUUCAUUGUGGCCGCAGACGGCAGCCUCUACUCUGUCACUCACAACGCCUACUACUACAUCGACACUUCGUCCACUUACAGCUUGCUCUACUGGUCCAACAACAAGAGCAGCGCCAUGAAGAUCUUCUCCUACACCACUCUCGCCAACGGCAACUCCCAGGUCUUCAUGAAGUCCAAUGGCAAGGCCUACCAGUUCUGCAUCCGCCAGGCGAGCAAGGUCGGCGACGGCAACACUGGCUCUGGCCAGCACAUCUACGCCUUCUCCGGCGCGACUGCACCUCUCAGCUACUGCACUAUCAUUGAUUUGAUCAUUAUCCCUGCAUAA